UUCAAAGUUCGUCCGCCCGCACUCAAUCGACUUUUAGGGGCUAAAACUGCGCACGUCUUAAUGGACACGCACGAGCAAGCAAGACAAUGAACCUGACUGCAGAGAACCACAGGAUUGCUCUCAGAGAUGGGAACCAAAUCCCGUUGCUGGGAUUGGGCACAUACGGAGACCCUCGGACGACACCAAAGGGGAAAGCGUUGGAUUGUGUCAAGCAGGCCAUCGAUGCUGGCUACAGGCACUUUGAUGGAGCUUUGGUGUAUUUUAAUGAGCAUGAGGUGGGUCAAGCCAUCAGGGAAAAGAUUGCCGAUGGAACUGUGAGAAGAGAGGACAUCUUUUACUGCGGCAAGCUUUGGAAUACCUUUCAUCCACCAAAGCUAGUGAGACCAACUUUGGAGAAGACCCUGAAGGCACUAAAACUGGACUAUGUGGAUCUCUACAUUAUCGAACUUCCAAUGGCCUUUAAGCCCGGGAAUGAUUUCUAUCCCAAAGACCAGAAUGGAAAGUACAUCUACCACCACACAGAUCUUUGUGCAACUUGGGAGGCUUUAGAGGCGUGUGUAGAUGCAGGCCUUGUCAAAUCUCUGGGAGUGUCCAACUUCAACCGCAGACAACUCGAAUUGAUUCUCAACAAACCCGGCCUCAAGCACAAGCCCGUAUCAAACCAGGUGGAAUGUCAUCCUUACUUCACACAGCCCAAACUUCUGGACUAUUGUCGUCAAAAUGACAUUGUUAUUGUCGGCUACUGUCCGCUCGGUUCCUCCAGAGAUGCAUCCUGGGUCAAUCUGAAAUGUCCUCCCAUGUUGGAGGACGAGCUGCUCGUGUCCAUGGGGAAGAAGUACAACAAGAGCAGCGCUCAGGUGGCUCUGCGCUUCAACGUCCAACGAGGAGUGGUGGUCAUUCCCAAGAGCUUCAACCCACAGCGGAUCAAACAUAACUUCCAGAUAUUUGAUUUUUCACUCACCGAAGAAGAAAUGAAAGCAAUUGAAGGGCUCAACAAGAACAUUCGUUUUGUGGAGCUGCUCAUGUGGAGCGACCAUCCGGAGUACCCGUUUCAUGAUGAAUACUAAAUAUCAUCACUUUAACAGUGUUGCUCGAUUGGAAUUAAACAAUGGACGACAACUUGUUGGCAUUGUGA